AUGGCUAAUACUGUCCCCUCUUCGUCCUCCGGCGAUGCCUCCUCCUCGUCAAACCCCACCUUCACAGUCAAAGCUGGCCUUGCCCAGAUGCUCAAGGGCGGCGUCAUAAUGGAUGUCGUCAACGCCGAACAAGCCCGCAUCGCUGAGGAAGCCGGUGCCUGCGCCGUCAUGGCCCUCGAGCGUGUCCCGGCCGAUAUCCGUCGCGACGGCGGCGUGGCACGAAUGUCCGACCCCAAGCUCAUCAAAGAGAUUCAAGAGGCAGUCACAAUCCCGGUCAUGGCCAAAGCCCGCAUAGGCCACUUCGUCGAAUGCCAGAUUCUCGAGGCUCUAGGCGUGGAUUACAUUGACGAAAGCGAGGUGCUCACGCCCGCGGACGACACCUAUCACGUCGAGAAACACGAUUUCCGGGUACCAUUUGUGUGCGGGUGCAGAAACCUGGGCGAGGCGCUAAGACGGAUUGCUGAGGGCGCUGCCAUGAUCAGAACGAAGGGUGAGGCCGGUACAGGUGAUGUCGUCGAGGCGGUCAAGCAUAUGCGCACGGUGAACAAGGAGAUUGCCAAAGCGCAGGCAGCGUUGGCAGAGGGCGAGGUAGCACUACGGGCCAUGGCCAGAGAAAUCGGAGCCGAUGCCACGCUACUGAAGCAGGCUGCUGAGCUGGGUAGAUUGCCUGUGGUGAACUUCGCGGCCGGCGGCAUUGCCACGCCCGCAGAUGCGGCGCUGAUGAUGCAGCUUGGAUGUGAUGGCGUGUUCGUGGGCAGUGGAAUCUUCAAGAGUGGAGAUGCCGCGAAGAGAGCUAAAGCCAUUGUGCAAGCCACAACACACUACCGCGAUGCGAAGGUGCUGGCGGAGUGCAGUGCUGGUCUGGGUGAGGCUAUGGUGGGAAUCAACGUCGGUAGUAUGUCCAAGGAAGAGAAGAUGGCCGGCAGAGGGUGGUAA